AUGAGCAGUUCAUCAUCAGCCAGCCGUCCGAAGAAGCGACCGACGUCGGUCUACAGUUACGAUGGCCCAGACGAUUUCGGACACGUCAGACCGCAACUGGCACCACCAGCUUGGCCCGAAGAAUGGCGGUACGAGGCUGUAGGUUAUGAAGAGGAAGCAGGAAUGAAGGACUUUGACUUUUUGUCAAGAAGUAGGCGUAGAGGUAAACGCCCACCUCCAACUAGGAAGUAACAUGGAAAUAUAUUUGACUAGAGAAUUUGCCUCUAAGUAGGUGGACCGGAGUUGAGCGCGAUAAGUUGUCGUUCCAGGAGGAGCGCUGCGGCAGGGGUGAAUGUAGGACUCGGUGGCGCUACCAGCUCCAGCAUUAAGGCAAGAAUAAUUGAAAUAGAAAUUAGCUGAUUUGACUUCAUCACUCGCCUACUUUCAAUGUACUUAUUUUAAGCAAUAAUUUCUAAUCCAGGCAGCGGUUGCAGUGGUGUCAAAAAGCGGAGGCGAAGUGACG